GUCAUCCUACUGGAGUGAUGGGGUUCUAAAGCAACAGCUUUCUUUUCAGAGAGGGACACUGAGGCCUAGAGAGGAGCAGAGGCCCACCCAGGGUUAUCACACCAGGUGGUAGAACCAGGACUAGAAGCCGGGACUUCUGACGGUGAUCCAGCGUUCCUUGGGGUUCCUACAGUGCCGCCGAAGCCCACAGGGCCCAGGCAGACGCCGCCCUCUCUGGAUGGCUCCUGGAAUGGGAGAUGAGGCCCAAAGCUCCACCCCUUCUCCCCACAGCUCUUGCUGCAAGAUCUCGGGGGUCAGAUACAGAUACCCCGCCCCCCACCCACUCCCUGGCCCCAUCUCUGGAGUUUAGGACCCAGAGGAAAUGGCAGGAUGGCCUUGAGGGUUGCCCCCAAUUCCAGCUCUGGUCUCAGCCCCGCUCCCCCCAGGAAGGAAUUAGAGGGCCCUGGCUGGACUCGCCUCCCUGCUGCUUACGAGCAGAUUAUGAGGAGGGGCCAAGACAAGCUCUCCUUUGUGGAGGUCCUGGCUUAGGGAGUCAAGUGACUGCUUAGCAUACACGUGGGCAGUGCCAGCCCCUAAGAGUGAGCAGGGGCACUGGCCACAGGACCCCAGAGAGUCGCACAGGGUCUGUGGCCAGACUUUUUGUGGGAUCGCCUGACCGGCCUGGAGCCCCAUCUGGCCCAAGCCCACCUGUGGCAGCCCAGUGCCCGGCCAUGACCGUCACCUACUCAAGCCAAGUGGCUAAUGCCCGUUUAGGCUCCUUCUCCCGCCUGUUGCUGUGCUGGCGAGGCAGCAUCUACAAGCUGCUCUAUGGCGAGUUCCUCAUCUUCCUGCUCUGCUACUACAUCAUCCGCUUCAUUUACAGGAUGGCCCUCACGGAUGAACAGCAGGUGAUUUUUGAGAAGCUGACUCUGUAUUGCGACAGCUACAUCCAGCUCAUCCCCAUUUCCUUCGUGCUGGGCUUCUACGUGACGCUGGUCGUGACCCGCUGGUGGAACCAGUACGAGAACCUGCCGUGGCCCGACCGCCUCAUGAACCUGGUGUCAUGCUUCGUCGAGGGCAAGGAUGAGCAAGGCCGGCUGCUGCGACGCACGCUCAUGCGCUAUGCCAACCUGGGCAACGUGCUCAUCCUGCGCAGCAUCAGCGCCGCCGUCUACAAGCGCUUUCCAAGUCCCCAGCACCUGGUGAAAGCAGGCUUUAUGACCCCCUCGGAACACAAGCACUUAGAAAAACUGAGCUUGCCACACAACUCAUUCUGGAUGCCCUGGGUGUGGUUUGCCAACCUGUCAACGAAGGCCUGGAUUGGAGGUCGAAUCCGGGACCCUGUCCUGCUCCAGAGUCUGCUCGACGAAAUGAACACCUUGCGUACUCAGUGUGGACACCUGUAUGCCUACGACUGGAUCAGUGUCCCGCUGGUGUACACUCAGGUGGUGACCGUGGCGGUAUACAGCUUCUUCCUGGCUUGUCUGGUUGGGAGGCAGUUUCUGAACCCAGCCAAGGCCUACCCCGGCCACGAGAUGGACCUCGUUGUACCCCUCUUCACGUUCCUGCAGUUCUUCUUCUAUGCCGGCUGGCUGAAGGUGGCAGAGCAGCUCAUCAACCCGUUUGGAGAGGAUGAUGACGACUUUGAGACCAACUGGAUUGUCGACAGGAGCUUGCAGGUGUCCCUGUUGGCUGUAGAUGAGAUGCACCAGGACCUGCCACCCAUGGAGCGAGAUAUGUACUGGAAUGAUCCAGAACCACAUCCCCCCUACACAGCUGCUUCUGCCCAGUCUCGCCGACCCUCCUUUUUCGGCUCCACCUUCAAUAUCAGUCUGGGUAAGGAGGACAUGGAGUUCCAGCCGGAGGAGGAGGAGGAGGCGCACACCGGCAUCCUUGGCCACUUCCUGGGGCUGCAAUCCAGUGACCACCAGCCCCCCAGGACAAACUCAAAGACGAAACUCCUGUGGCCCAAGAAAGAAGGCCAUUUCCACGAGGGCCACCCCAAGAACCUCAGGGGGGCCAGGCUGGACUCUAGCGACCAGGAAGACAGCAAGGCCUGGAGGGAGGGUGGCUUCAAGUCCGCUCCCCUGUGUGGGAGGCCGGGUUACCACAGCGCCCCACAGACACCCCUCGGCCACACCCCUAUGGUCUUCCCACCCGAAGAGUCAGCGCCCUUAGGUCUUCGCAGAGUCUCGGGCAUAGAUGAGGCUGUCAAAGACCAGAGCCUUCAGCCUGCGACUCCCAGCAUCAAGAAGAGUUUCGAGUUGCUCCCAGAGAGCGCCGAGGCCUCAGCGGAGCCCCUACAAGGGAGUCACGUGAGGAGGAAGACAGUGGAGUUUAACCUGACCGAUCUGUCGGAGGCCCCCGAACAUCUCAAAGAACCGCAUUUGGAGUCACCGAUGGGCAUACACGCUAUACUCAAAGACCACCGGGAUCCCUACUGGGCCUUGGAAAACAGGUCUGUCCUCUCCCUGAACCCAGGUCACUGAACCCCCGGGGUUCACCAUGGGUGGGAAGCCUGCCUUUUUUCCACGAUCUUCCUGUGGUCCUGCAGCUGCUAGGGACCUAUGCCCAGCACCGGCUUGGGGCACACACCUGGCUGCCACAGCAAGGGCCCCAGGGAAGCGCUGGGGACUGUGGCUCAUGUCACCCAAGAUCCUGAAAUCACCAGGCCUUCUCUGGGACGAUGAGAGGCUGCACUGACAGGAAUGCAGCUGAAGGGCCACCAGGUCACGCUUAGAUCGGCAGGAUUUUAAGUGGACCCA